AUGGCUAAGCUCAUUUUCUUCCUCGCCGUUCAAAUCUUCCUCCUCUCCGCCGUUUCCUCCACCGGAGACGACGGGGAAAACUUUGCUAGACCCAUAGAUCGGAAACUGCUCGGUCUCCACAAGAAAGAGAAACUAACCCAUUUCAAAGUCUAUUGGCACGACAUCUUAGGCGGUCCAAACCCAACCUCCAUCAUGAUUCAGCCACCGGUGGUUACAAACUCUACCCAUUUCCAAAAAAACUCUACACUCUUCGGAGCAAUCUCCAUGAUCGACAACGCUUUGACGGCCAAAGUUCAGAUGAACUCUACUUUGUUGGGCCAGGCACAAGGCUUUUACGCCGGAGCAGCCCAAAGGAGUUGGGCUUUUUCAUGGCGAUGA